GAUUCAGUAAUGCAGAUAGUGUGUGUGCAAUGAUGGGUCUAAUAGAAAAAUGACUGCUUACUGCUUUAAAUGAGAUUAUACUUAGCUUUGUCGGUGAUGUUAAAGUUGGUAAACAGGGAGGUUAAGUGGCACUGAGAGCCUCUGUAGAUCUAAGGAACGGAGAAGAACCAGAGAACUUUUAAAAUUAAAUACAAGAAAUUCAUCACCAUAAUGCAAGCGGCCAUCGGGAUCACACCUCUCAACAAGCGCGAGCUGCUGCCACCCGGCCGGAGGUUGUGGAGACCCUCGGGUGACCAGUCCAACCAGAUAGAGUUAUUCCGGUCAAGCCGCUCCAAAAGGUUUUCCUUGACCCACGAAGCUCAGUAUUUGUGUCUGCGACGCCUCUCUGUUCCCAGCUACCCAGCCCUUUUACAGAACCCAAUCAUGGAGGAGACUGUGUGGGAGCAGUACACUGUGACCCUACAGCGGGACUCCAAGAUGGGCUUUGGCAUUGCUGUGUCUGGAGGACGGGACAACCCAAAUGAAGAAAAUGGAGAAACGUUAAUUGUUGUUUCCGAUGUGCUGCAAGGGGGUCCUGCAGAUGGCUUGCUAUUUGAAAAUGACAGAGUGAUCCAGGUCAACAAUGUGCCCAUGGACGGUGUCCAACACACCUUUGCAGUGCAGACUCUCCGCAAAUGUGGCAAAGUAGCCAAAAUCACGGUAAAGAGAUCAAGAAAAAUUCCCGUCAGCGUGAUCAAACGUGGGCCGUCCCCAGACGACCGCGUCUUCAGCGGUGACUACAAUGACGACUACGACUAUGACCACGACCGGCGCAGCGUCUACAGUGGCCGCAGCUACCCUGAUCCUGACGCGAGUCUGGAGCGCGACCGUGGCUACAUGGAUGAUCACGAUCGUGACUAUGAGCGCAGUCGCAAGAGGAGUAUGGAGCGCGGCGUGAGCCCUGACAGACAGUACAGACGAGACGGCAGCCACGGCCGAAUGCUGGACCACGAGCACAGCCCCGACCGCCGUUGCCAAAGUGACCACAACCUGGAUUGCGACCACAGUCCGGACCGCCGCUACCGAAACGAUCGCACGCUGGACCGCAACUACAGUCCAGACCGACGCUAUCGCAGCGAACACAACCUGGACAGAGAGCGGAGUCCAGACAGACAGUACCGCAGCGAUCGUACGCUGGACAGAUCACAUAGUCCUGAUACGCGGUACAGGCCAGAACCAGCUCCGGGAUUCAGCAGAGAGAAUUUAGCCAGCGACCACGAGCGCAGGAGGUUGGAUCCGCACCAGGAUGAAUCCAUGAGGAGGAGUAGCAGUCGAGACCGGCUGGAUCGCUUGCCCUCACCACCACCACAACGACACGAACCCUUGGAGAAGCCGCUCAAUGUUACUCUUCUAAAGAACCGCCCCAAUGACGAAUAUGGCCUUCGUCUUGGCAGUCAGCUGUUCAUCAAAGAGAUGACGAGCACAGGCCUGGCAUCCAAAGAAUGCAAACUACAGGAAGGCGACAUCAUUCUGAAAGUACGUCUUAACCACUCAGAACACCUUAGCGGAAUGGUGCUCAUCCGAGUCCCACCUAUGGCAGACAGCGACUCAGAAAUGGAUGAUAUCUCAGAGAUCGAGUCGUACCGCUCCUAUUCUCCUCAGGAGGACCGGCGGAGUCAUCACUCUGACCUCUCCUCACACUCCUCUAAUGAGAGACUGCAGGACAAAAGCAGAGAUGCGCCUCCUAACAGACUGGCGAAAAUGGGAGCGAUGCCGACUCCGUUCAGAGCAGCACCGGUGGAGCUCCCGCCUCCACCUGUAGAGAAGGAAGAGCCUCGCAGCGAGUCUCCAGCUCCUGUGGUAAAUGCUGCUCCAAAAAGUGUUCCAGUGAAAGCCAAGCCUCUGCCAAAUGUUCCCCUGCGGCCCAGUCUGGAGGACCAGGAAAUAUACGGCCCCAACACUGUGAUGGUGCGCUUCCAGAAGGGCGAAAGUGUUGGCCUGCGUCUUGCUGGAGGAAACGAUGUGGGCAUUUUUAUCGCAGGCGUUCAGGAGGACAGUCCUGCCGAGAUAGAGGGACUCCGCACUGGAGACCAGAUCGUGAAGGUGAAUAAUAUGGAUUUUAGAGGAAUGGUCCGGGAAGACGCAGUCCUCCAUUUACUAGAGAUUCCCAAAGGAGAGGAUGUGACCAUCCUGUCUCAAAGCAAACCUGAUGUGUAUAAAGACAUCCUGGCAUCUGGACGAGGUGAUAACUUCUUCAUCAGAACUCAUUUUGAAUAUGAGAAAGAGCUUCCUCAGAGCUUGACCUUCUCCAGAGGAGAGAUAUUUAAAGUGGUGGACACCCUGUAUGACGGAAAGCUGGGUAACUGGCUCGCCAUCCGCAUGGACAAAGACAAUCAGCUCCUGGAGAAAGGCAUCAUACCCAGCAAGAGCCGAGCUGAGCAGAUGGCGAAUGUUCAGAACGCACAGAAAGGCGCUGCCAAUGACAGAGGAGAUUUCUGGAGGCUGAGAGGUCAAAGAGCAGCCAAGAAAAAAGACCUUCGCAAGAGCAGAGAGGAUCUGAGCGCUACACCCGUCACUACACGCUUCCCAGCCUACGAGAGAGUGGUGCUGCGGGAAGCUGGGUUCAGAAGACCUGUCGUAAUAUUCGGCCCUAUUUCAGAUGCUGCCAAUGAAAAACUUGGCAAUGAUCUUCCAGAUGAGUUUAUCAUAGCAAAGACCGAACCGAAAGACGCGGGCUCAGAGAAGUCGUCUGGUGUUGUGAGACUGAAUAUUAUCCGUCAGAUCAUCGAGCAGGAUCGACACGCUCUGCUCGAUGUCACCCCGAAGGCUGUAGACACCCUAAACUACACCCAGUGGUAUCCCAUCGUCAUUUUCCUCAACCCAGACAGUAAGCAGGGGGUGAAGACCAUGAGAAACCGCCUGGCUCCCGGCUCUAACCGCAGUUCACGCAAGCUUUACGAACAAGCAGUUAAACUGCGGAAAACCUGCUCCCACCUGUUCACUGUUACCGACGAGCCGCAGCCGAUGUCAGCCAUCAGCCGCUCGUCUGAGCCUGUUAGUGAGGAGAGACACAUACCUGUUCCUCAUGAGCGUUUAAAGAAACCUGCGAGUAAAGAGGUGCAGCGGGACCCCAGCCCGCCUCCAUCAUUUGUUCCUGAACCCCCUAAGGUCCGGGCAGCUUCACGUCCUGCAGACGCCAGGAGUUUGGACUCUCGUUCCAGCAGCACAGUCAGCAGUGAUGCUCCUGUCGGUAACAAACCUCUUCCACCGCCGGUAGCUCAGAAGCCCAGUUUCACAAUGAAGACGGGCCCAGCUGACGAUACGACCUCUAACCCUGUUGUCGACCCCGCCAACCGCACCUUCCGGGGAAAGGUGAAGGCCUUUGAGCAAAUGGACCACCUGGCCCGGGCCAAAAGGAUGCUUGAGCUGCAGGAGGCCGAACAAGCACGGCUGGAAAUAUCUCAGAAACAUCCAGAUAUUUAUGCAGUUCCCCACAAGCUAAAAUCAAACCAAAACAGGCCUCAACCAAUUGGCUCCAGCUCAAACUCUGAGUCCCAGAGCUCCUCCAAACCGCUGUAUUCAGAGAGCCGCUCUCACCACCGCGCCGAUGAUGAUGAUGAUGAAGAGGAGUAUCGACGCCAGCUGGCAGACCAAACCCGCAGAGGCUACUACAGUGCCCAGAAAUACAACGACACUGAACUCUAACACCCAAUCUCCCAAAAACCGUCAGAGCAGAAGAAGCCGAGUCUCUUCACUGCGUCCGUCUGUGUUGGGAUGUUUCCUGUGCAUGUCGUUAUAAAGCAAAUGAAUGUGCUUCUAGUUGUUGUGUGAGUAAGAGGGACUGACAUGAACCACAGAUAAAGCACAUGAGAUAGUGUUUGCCACAAACACACAUGCAGUAUAUACAUGCCAUUUAUAAAACCGCAUCUUUUUAUACCUGCAAUGUUUUUAUAUGAAAUUUCAGUGUAUAUUUCAUGUCUGCCUGUAGUGUUUUUUUUUUUUCCCCACAAUGCUUCUAGAUGGAGUUAACGUUACACUUUCCUCAUUUACACUGCUGAAGUUUGCCAUAAACCAAAAGUGAAAUUGGUUUAAAUGUUAUUUUCCAAAACAUUUGCUGGAGUGCCUUAAUGUCAUUGAUCAAACAUGUAUUAACUUAUGCUUAGCUAAUGCUUGCUCCAUAUAUUACUAUGCUCUAAUUAUGUUAAAAACUGGCUUCACAUCAGUUUUUAUAUCGAUUCUCUGAGAAUAUAAGAAGAUCAUGUGUAAUGUUCACACUAUUGGUGUGUGUCUGUGAUCAGUGCUUUGGGUUUAACCACUAAUAAACCAAGAGUUGUGGGAUUUUUUAAUUUUUAAAGACAAAUCAAUAAACCUGACUUUUAAUGUU